AUGCCUAGGGAUACGUUUAUCUAGCACGUCUUCUUGAUGUCAUGGCUGAAGUUUUCGAACACGUGUAGAAUAUACAUGGCUUAUCAACUGCUUUUUCCUUCCUUUUUCUAACUAAAUAUUAUCAUAUUCUUGAGUGUUUUGCUGUGGCGAAUAUGGGGGUGCAAGCCUUGCAGGAUUACGUUGAGUCUCAUUGUCCGAAAGGAUGCAAAUCGGUGGAAAUGAAGGAGUUCUUGAAGGAUCRAAAGAACGAGGGUCUUGAAGCAGUUGUUGUUCUAGAUGCCCUUAGCUGCGUACGCUAUUUGUAUGGAUAUAAUUCAGACUGGGUUUGUGGAGGACAAUGGAGCGAAAUGCUCAAAAACGUUGAGAAUUUUGUUCGGUCAUUUCGCCAGCAAGAUAUCCAGUUGGUAGUAUUUUUUGGUGGUGAAGGUGAUUCUGUUCGCCUAUUAGACUGGAUCAAGAUACAAGAACAACACAGAAACACGGUGCACAAAGUUCUCAAUCAUGUCGUGCGCCAAGCUAAUUUUCCACCUAAAAGACUCUUCUUCCUCCCUCCCGCUGCCAAAAUGUGUCUUCAGAUGGCAUUUCGUAGUUGCGGUUCUACUGUUUGUUGUUCUUUUUUUGAUUUACAUCAAGAACUCGUAUCCUACAGUAUCGAAGGAAAAUGCGCUGGUAUAAUAGGCCAUAACGCCGCUUAUCUUGUUCUCAACCCGCCAGCCUACCUCUCGGCAGAACAAAUUACCGUCACGAAGAAGAAUAUUUUGGUAAAACAUAUUGAUUUAGAAGUUGCAUACAAAGAGAUUGGUUUAAAGCCGUCACGUAUAGGUCUGUUUGCAAGUCUACUCGGGUCUCCAUUCAUUCCUGAGGAGACAUUAUCGUCGUUUCAUUGGUCACUUGUUGGAUCAGUCAAUCCUUCAAGCAACAAUCAGACAAAUGGUCAAUCUGUGUUACCGCCAAAUAAUGUGGUCAUUAGAAAAAUGAUAGAUUAUGUCAACCAAAUAAAAGAUAUCCAUAACUAUGGAUUAAUAGUCAGCCAGGUCUUCAAACAUAAGAAUGUUGAUUUAGAGCUAAUGCAAGAGAAGCUUGAGCAAUCAGUAAAGUACUAUAACAGCAAUAAAGAUGACAAAGAAGAAGCAGAGGAUAAGACAGAAAGUAAAGGAGAGAAUGAGCACCAGUACAAGAAACGCUGGCAACACUGGCAACAGCAUAACUUCAAUGCACAGACUGUUGUGCCGACACACAUUAAGGAGACUAAUGGACAAGAAGUAGAAUCUAAUGAUAUUGAUCAGUUACAAGAACAAUUAGGCCAGUUACAUGUGGUGGAAAACAAUGGAAUCUAUGACGAUGAAUCAAGUGCUGUUGUUACACCUAAAAGUCCAGUAUCAGCAUCUAUUGUACCUGGUCCGAAAGCUGUCUCCCCCUCGGCACUAGCAAUGAUAUCACCACCUUUAUCGUUCCCAACACCCCCACCUUCUUUGGAUGGGUCACCAUUGCCCGGAAACUUUGCUGACAAUCAAACACUACCUGUCAAUGAAACUGUGCCUGUCAAUCAAACACCAGCUGUCAAUCAAACUGCACCUGUCAUCCAAGCACAAUCUGUCUGUCAAAUACCACCUGUCAAUCAAACUGCACCUGUCAAUCAAACUGCCCCAAAUAUGACACCAGUGUCUGACCAUAUAGCACCACUAAAAGGAAUAAUUAAAACUAUUACACCACAAGUUCUGGAUGUUGUUAGACAACGCCACCAAUCUGGUCAAAUGAAUGAAUGUGUCUAUCAAAUCUUAACAAGAGCAGAGCUGACCGUAAAUGCUGCACUUGAAGAUGAACACAACACAGAUAACCAACCAACACCCUUGUUAUAUCGGCCAAUAAGACAACAUGUUUAUGGAAUACUGUUUGACAAAAAGGCUUAUGACAUGAAGUAUGGCACACAUGAUCCUCCUCCUGUCGUCAAGGAAUGGUGUGUCUACAGAGGGAAGAAGCUUAAGGAGCCAGACUUAGUAGAGGCUGUUAGCAUGAAAUGGAGUAUUCCUGAGCUUAAUCAGCUGUGGUUUGGUGCAGAAGCUACCGAUAAUCUAAACCGCAUGAAAGCAUUUUUGACAUGUAUGAUGAGUGAUACUCCGAAUAUGACCAAGACUACAAUGGUGCCUCAGAGACUCGUUAUUAUGUGCUGUGUUCUGAGAUAUCUUUUGCAGCAAGGCAAGGCAGGUCAGCCCAUUCUCUUGACACAUGAAGUUGAUGCAUUUCUAGCAGCUGCACUUUCUCCUCACAUUAGUACAGAAUUCAAUCCUUCUAACCUCAGCCAACUCAAGCUAAUGCAGGUAGAGCUAAGAGGAGUUCAGUUAGCAACAAUGUUCAUGAGAGGAAUAGAGGCUGCAUAUCUUGCUAAUGAUGCUUGUGGGUGUCCUGUCCCAUGGGAAUUUGUGUGUCCGUGGAACUACUUUGACGGCAAAUUGUUUAUGAGCAAGUACUUGCAGGCUGCUAACGAUGUUACUCCCUUAGAACUCUGUGAUGGCAAGAAUGCCAGAUUAGAAAAGCUUCAAAGGAUGCAUUGGUGUAUAAUGGAAGGGAUUGCCCCAGAACUGCUCGGCAUCCGGCUUCCUACCAUGGGUGGAUUUCAUGGGCCAGGAAUGCAUGCAGGCUCACCAAUGCAAUUUCUUGGGUUUCCACCCAAUAUUCCUGGUAUGCCACCAGUACAGUCUAACUUUAUACCUGCUGGUAUGAGGAUGCCGCAACAGGUUCCAUUAGCAGAACGCCCACGUACUAGAGGUAUGAGCAGCAAGCGUGCUGUAUCAGGUCUGGGUGGUACUCUUGAAGUAGCUGGUGUUCCAGUCGCAAAUUGGGGCGGUAACAGGGCAGGGCGUGACUACAGUGAGCAUAACCGAAUAGUUGCAGGGGGACCUGCCAGUGUGGAACUUCCCUCUAGAGGGCGUGGUCGUGGUGGCCGUGGUGCACGAAGAGGAGGUCAUUGGCAAAACACAAGAAAUGUGACAUGGGCUGUAGAGGUUGACAAGGAUUAUGAUCGACGUAUUGAAUACAAAGAACCUCAGAAUGCAAGAUCAACAAACUUACAUCAUCAAAUUCAAGAUCAACCUUUCCAUGUAGGCUUUGGAGAUAACGAGAGUAUGUUGCACCAAGUGCAGGGUUACCAUGGUAACUUGCCUACUACGAUACCUGACCCUUCAGCACAUCAUCCUAUAUUCACUGCACCUCUCGACAAACCACCAAUGAAUAUGCACAUGGCUAUGAAUCCUCACCCUCAGCCAAUCAUCCCAACAAGUGAUAAAGUUCCACAAAAUCAGGUACAUAUCUUAUCUAAACCUUCAGACAAGCUAUCUGGGCAAGGACGAGGUAGAGGUAUAGCUGCCUCAUUAGGUAAUAAUGUUGGAGGCAUACAACAAGGCCAAGUGAUGCCAAAGGGUCGUGGAUAUCUACUAGAAAACCCUAUACAGCAAACCCCAGCAACUUGAAUUCUUUUCAAAGAAAAAGACUUUGAAAUCCAGACAAUGAUUCAUUUUGAUUUUCUGCUUUAUGCUUUAAUUGUACUUUUCAACCUAUCAAGUUUGUCCUAAAAUAAACUUUUUUUCUCUUCUCUUAAAAAUUUCUUUGCACAAGUCACUGAUAAAUAAUACAGUACUAAGAAGCAUAUUACAUUUGGUGUUCUAGAUACAGGGUUAGGUUUUUGUCAAUGAUCAAGUACAAAGAUAUAGAAUAGCUGUUUAAAUGAAGGUUCAUAAUGUGAAGUAAUUCAAACUUCGUUCUUAGUGCGGUAACACUAUUGUCAUACAAACAACAUCAUUAACUAAAACAACAUUUGAUUAUAAAUAACCCAGUUAUGGGUAAUAACAGAAACCACUUACAGACAGCAUUGGUGUAGCGAUUGCCUGUGGCUGUUGCAUAAAGUUCUGGUUUGAACAGUAAUGUUUUUUGGUAAACGAUGAGUGAAGGUGCUGUAAAAUGGGUGACAAAGCUGUGAAAUUUUGAUUGCAACAUUGUAGUGUUAAACGUAUAGACUAAGUAUUAUUUCUUAUAAUUGUACAUUUUGCCUUUGUUGUGUGAGGGUUUUUUCUUGUCUUUACAACAAAGAAUUGUUAGCACUGAAUGGUAUUAUAAAUAAGUAGAAUGAUCUUCCCAGACUGAGAAAUAGUUAGUAUAGGUUAGUAGAUCUUAUUUGAGUAAUAUACGCUGACUACAAGAAACUGUUUCACAGUUUCAGGAAAAUCACUCUCACAAAGUCAUACAACAUUGUUGCAAAAGUCGCACAACUAUGUUUCCAGUAUUACAAACCCUUCAGUUGAUACAAGUUGGUAUCUAUAAUUGCUAAAUUUUGAAUGGCUCUAAAGGCAAGACAUGCAUCAACUUAAACAUUCGGGUCUCAAAUCAUUAAGGAUGGUAAAAGGUUAUCGAUCAAAAUAUUUUCUAAUCACAAUCUGUUCUGGACCUUUAUUUGAUAAGUACCAAAAAUAUUUCAGUUGUGGAAUUAGACUACCUUUAGAUCGUUGCACAAUAUUAUUGUUUGUUAAUAAAGAUAGAGGUAUCAUUUAAUAAACCAUUAAUAAUAAUAAAGAAACAUCUUUUUCAUA